UGAAAACCUGUUCUGUUACUUUGAUGAAGAGCAAACGUUGCACGGAGCGGGUGGGAGACUCCGGAGAAUCCAGACGAAGGAGGUCGAGCCCGGAGUCCAAAUAACCCGGGCGGCGGGAGCGAGGAAAAAGGUCUGUCAACCCGGGAAAGGUCAGCAAAGGCGCCACUUUGCCAGCUAAAAUCUGGCAGACGACUCACAGGCAAAGCCUUACGGGCAAACGGCAGAGACUUACGGGCAAACCAAGCGCAAAACCUGAGGAAAACGAUUUGCAUUUCCCAAAGCACCUUUGGAGGCGGCAAGCUCCCCGCCGAUGAAAAGGGCAGCACGAAGUGUCCCGGCGGGGGGCGGUUAAUUCUUUACACUUCGUGCAAAACGGACCAGAGGAGGGAAGAAGUGGGGGGGGGGGGGGGGGGAGAAGAGAGAAAUUACACGUUGGCGGAAGAAGAGAGCACAGUCUUUACUCUGCAACCCCGAAGGAAAAGAAGUUUUCUCCUGCGGGCGCGGAAACCCUCCUCUUCCUCCUCCUCCUCGGCCACCUGGGCUCCGGCGUCGCUUUUCCUCCUCGGGCGAAGGGGGACUCGCGUCCGCCCCGAAAGCUGAGGCUACGGCCGAAGCUUGUGCGCGCUCCCGGGGAGGAGCCAGGCAUUUGUGGCCCGAGGGCUGAAGCGCUCUCUCUCCGCUGCUGCCGGUUUGCCUGGGGCAGGACUGCGCUGGAGAACAGAGCCAAGAGACGGACGAUGAAGAGAAGCGACCGGCGGAGUUUAUUGUUGGGCGGCUGCCCCGAGUAGCCGGUAGUUUCCUGGGUCGCGCGAAUGAGCUGUUACAGGGUAACCAAAAUCUAGACCUCAGCUAGAUUGCAGCACAAAGGGUGAGACCAGUUCUUUGCCUUCGAAGUAUGAACUAUUAGCAACUUAAAUGGUGAUUCUUUCAUCUGCCUUAUAUUCCUCACCCACACUUUCAAUUCCAAGUUAUGAUGGCCUUGGAAAAAGUGUCGUACAACCUCUCCUUGACAUUACAACUGUUCCAUGACCCAUGGUCACAUGAUUGCCAUUUGGAUGUUUACAUCGAAGGCCUGGAGACUAAAACAUAUGAAAAAUGGCUGCAGGAUUUGGGUUUGGCUGGUCUAAAGAAAAGAAGAAUUAGGAAUGACAUCAUAGCAGUGUUCCAGUAUUUGAGGAGCUGCCACAAAGAAGAGGGGGGUCAAAUUAUUCUCCAAAGCCAGAGGGCAGGACAAGAAACAAUGAUUGGAAACUAAUCAAAGAGAGAAGCAUCCUAGAAUUAGGGAGAAUCUUCCUAACAGUGAGGACAAUUAACCAGUGGAACAGCUUCCCUCCAGAAAUUGUGGGCGCGCCAUCAUUGGAUGUUCUUAAGAACAGUCUAGAUAGUCACUUAUCUAAAAUGGUAUAGGUUCUUCUGCUUGAGCUGGGGGCUGGACUAGAAGACUGCCAAAGUCCCUUCCAGCUAAUUCUAUUCUAUUUAUGACAAUAACAGCAUUUUGUGGUCAUGUAAUUGUGAUUUGUUAGCCAGUUUCCAUCAAGCAAAGUUAAUUGGGGAAGCCAGAAUUGCUUAAUGGCCAGGUGUUAUGUUUAACAACCAUCUUAAUGACCAUAGUAAAAAUGGUCAUAGUCAGGUCUGCUCAUGUGAUGGCUCACUUGACAUCCCUUAAUGACUAAAAUUCUGGUCCCAAUUGUGGUUAUAAAUCAAUACACAGGAAUACCUGUGUGUUUUACGAGUAGGCUUAAAUAUAGUUUACUGAAUAAUUAAGGUUGACAUUAUUCAUAUAAGACAUUAAACUAUAAAACUGUAUUAAAGGAUCAUAACAAUUGAGUUUGCAUAGUAUAAUGAGCUAAAGUUAGCAUGUAAGAAAAUAUAUGCAAGAUACAAAGUUUCAUUGGAACUUUGCAAAUCAACCCAAGAGAAUAAUAGUACAAUAUUAAUACUUUGAAAAGUAAUUGGAUUGUAUUCAGUAUAAAUUUAAGUUUCUUAAUCUUGAGACAGUCAACUGUGCCAGUACUCUUCUGCACACAAAGGAAAGGACCAAAAACUAUGAUUUUUUUUAAAUAAGAAAAAUAAUUUGUGAUAUUUUGUUUUUAGUUUCAGAUAUGAAUUACAGCCAGAAUUCUGUCAUCGAAGAUUCUUUAUUCAUUACUGAUUAGGAAUCUACAAAUUUAUUUAUUUGCUCAUGAUGAAUUGAGCUCCAUUUCUCCUCCCUCAGUGAGGGAUAGGAAUAGUUUCUGAUCUUUUCCAGUGUUUAUAGCUGCCUUUAGUUUAUGCAGAGCCUUGUCUAAUAAAGCCCUGAUUCUGAGCAAUUAGUUUUAUGAUCUUGCAUUAAUUCUUACAAUCUUAAAUUUUCUCAAUAUUUUUUUAUGAAAACUGUUGCCAGAUGCCUUUUUUUUUCGUUUGGCUCCUCCUUUGGGGUCUUAAUUUGCAUGAAACUAUGCUGCAUCUGCAUAUAUUUUAAUUUGCAUUCACGAAGCUUGAGUUCAUUCAGUUUUUGUUGACCUCUUAGUUAAAUGUCAAUUCAUUUAGAUCUACACUAUGACAUAAAGAGUCAUGUCAAAAUAUGAUUAAUGAGUCAGCAAAUGGAAAUAAGAAUAUCAUCAACUGCCUACAACUGAAGAAAAAUAAUAUUUACAGAAGUUGUGGUGUUAGCAGUAACUGUAGAGCUGUUUUUUGUUCUUAGAAAAGACCAUUUUAAGAAAUAGGAAAAGAAAGGGAUAUAGUAUGAAAACACAUAAUUAUGCAAUAAGUGACCAAAAGAGGAAAUUAUCCAGUUAAAAGCAAUUAGUGGUUUCCGUGAUUAACAAAGGGAUAACAUUGUGAGUUUUAAUCUGGGCCAAUCAUAGAACUGGGUAUCUUCAUACAUGUUUAUGUAAUGUGUAAUAAAAGAUUGUCAUUGCUCAGGUGAUUUCCAUAGCAAUUUGAGUUAUCAGUCAUUUAUUAUAUUUACUGUAUAUGUUGUUGCUUGGUUUUCUUGUAUUUCUUUUUCUUUCAUAUGUUGUGCAGCAGUUCCAGAUGGAUCAUAGCUUCCCUUUGUGUUUUACUGUUGGUGUGUAGCGUUUGGAGAGACCAAAAAUAAUGCAGGAUAACUUAAGAGAUAAAAAUGAUGCACCGAAGUAUUUUUCUGUUGGAGAAGAGACGAAGUCCAUAACCCAAAGUCAACAGCUCUGGAUAUUUGUUGGCUUCUACCUUGCUUUGAUUCAGCUGAAGCAAGAUAUGAUUGAAUGGAUUUUCUAGGGGAAGAAAACCCAAGAAGCUUCAGCGGUUUUACUUAUAAUUCAAGAGAAUGUGAAAUUAAAUUGAGCAGGGUCUGCCUUCUUCAUUGCGUCCAGCUUGCUUAGAAGCAGUAAUGGCAACAGAAUGCAUUAAGAAUUGUUGUAGAGGAUGUUUAUAUGCUAAUAAAGAAAAACAUGAUGCCUCUCUGGAGAAACAGUCUACAGUUACCGACAAGUAUACAUCAAAAGUAGUGGAGAAACCUCCUUUGUCUUCUGUAUCCAUGAAAAGGCAGGUUGGCUGUUCAGAAGAUUAUCUUCUCUCUAAGUUCCCACCCGGUGGCAAAGAAAUACCCUUUGUAGUUCCUCAGUUCAAGCUUGCUUACAUCCAACCUCGGAAUCUUAGUAAUCCACACCUUGGGGGACUUCAAGGUUCAGUUGUAACGUCUUUCAGUGAUCGGAAAGCAGAACUUUCCAAUAUAUACCAUCAAAGACCUCCUGCUGAUGUGGUGUAUAAUCCCUUCUAUAUGCAACUGCCACCUCUUUCUCCAGAUUUCAGUCAAGUCCACACAGAAAAAAUGGUGAACAAGAGAUUAUAUGGGUCAGUUUGUGACUUAAGAAGUAGCACAUUGCCCUGCUCUUCCUCUUUAAGUCAUUCUAUGUUUGAUCUUACAAGCCCAUCCCACCGAUUUCAGAGGUAUGAUUCUGCCUCCAGUACACCAAGCAGCAUCUCCUCCAGAAAGAAUUCACAAGGUAGUAACAGAAGUUUAGAUACAAUUACAUUAUCAGGUGACGAAAGAGAAUUUGGCAGACUGAAUGUGAAGGUGUGCUACAUUUUUUCUGUAGAACAGAUAUGGAUCACCGUCUUGAAAUGCAAAGAUUUGAACUGGUCAUCUACUUGUGAAGAACACCCUCAAAUUUCCAUCAAAGGAAUCCUUACCCUACACAAACCAGUGCAGUUCAGAUGUUUAGCAAAAGAAGCUUCCAAUGACAUUGAGUUCAUGGAAACCUUUGUAUUUGCUAUUAAACUGCAACUCCUCCAGACUGCAAGACUUGUGUUCAAAGUACAAUCCCUGAUUCCCAGGAGAAAAACUAUAGGAGAAUGUAUUUUGCCCCUGCGAGACCUCAGUUCACAGGAAGUGGAUUAUUGGCUGAUGAUAACACCUCCUUCCAAAGCUUUAGUGUGUUCUGCAGAAUUGAAAAUAGGCACCUGUUUUCAAGCAGUAAACAGCCGGAUUCAGUUGCAAAUCCUGGAAGCUCAGAACCUUCCAAGUUCAUCCACACCAUUGUCUUCAAAUUUUUUCGUAAAGAUUGUGAUGCUCAGCACUGAAGGAUUGGUUGAUAAGAAAAAAACUCGUCUGCUGAAAUCUACUAACAGUCAAGUAAAAUGGGGAGAAACCCUGAUGUUCCCUGUGAGCCAGAAUGAACAUGGAAUAAACUUUCUCAUCAAACUCUAUAGUAGGAGCUCAGUGAGAAGAAAACAUUUCCUGGGACAGGUUUGGUUAAGCAGUGACAGCAACAGUGCAGAAGCUGCUGAUCAAUGGAGGGACACAAUUGCAAAUCCAGAGAAGGUGGUGGUUAAAUGGCAUAACAUCAUUCCAGCGUGAUUCUGCUUUGAACAGUCCUUUUGGUACUGAUUUGGACUUGAGCCCAGAGACUUUUGCACUUAUUUAAAAUGACCAGCCAUCAGAUAACAAAGAGACAGAAAAGAGAUAUCUAUAUGGAUGCAUACAAUAUCAUCUCUGCACAAGAAAAUCACAGAGGAAGCAAUAGAGUUGAAAAAGCAUAAGUUGGAAAUCCUAGCAAAGUACAUGAAAAUUCAAAAGCCACAUUGAAAAAUUAGUGGCUUGAUUAUUAAUUGACUGUUGAUCCAAAAGGCUUAUAUGUAAAACAUUUUAAUAUUUAUAUUUUAAAACAUUAAUUUUUAAAUUAAUUUAAAAACUUUGUAUAGAUUUUAGUGAAAAAUACCAUAGAAGGACUAUCCUUCAAGAAGAUUUUGCUCCAUGUAUUAGUUGACAACCAUGUUCCAACUAUUGUUUUGCUUCUAAAAGUAUUCUGUGGACACUUUAUUAUUUCUACCAAUAUGUUGAACAAGUGAGUAAGGUAGGCAGGGAGGUAGAAAUAAUACUUUACCAUUUAAAUUGAAAUAAACAUUUUAAGGUAAUUUUUAAGAAUAAUUGUUGUGUUGGAUAGUAAAUUUGAGACAUGGGCAGGGAAGUAACAAUUCUUUUAUUAAUGAGUUUGUUUUUACAGUUCUUCAACGUAGAAUUUGCUUUACUGUUUUGAACAGAGAGAUAGAUUAAUAAGAAGUAUUCCAAUGAUGAAAUUCAGUAGAAUCUGAUCUCAUUCUUAGAACUAACAGGGACCCAGUAUUCUGUAUUUUAGGAAAACUGAAUUCACCAGUCCUUAUAAAAUGAAAGAAACAAAACAAAAUAUGCAAUCAUGAUUCUAAUCAAUUAUUUUGAAAAAUAAGCACCUUUCCACCCUUCAGUAUUUUAAGAUAACAUAAAGUGAUAAAGGCUAAUAGAGCUUGUAUGGCAAACAAGUCCAUCGAUAACUAAACUGGCACCACUUAUAUAGUUUUGUAGAGUCCCAGAUGCCCAAAUCUGAACCUUGUGAGACCAACAGCCAUAAUCAAUCAGGAACCCUGACUAUUUUAAUAGAGAUAAAGCAUUUUUAAGGCACAAGGAUCUGCAUUUACUGCAUACAAUACAGUGUCUUGACAACUGAGAUGUUUAGCAAAAAGUUUGGUAGUUGAAAUAGGCAUUGUGCAGCCAUUGGGAAAAAUGGAUCAGUAACAACUGAAAAACUUUCAUGGGGAUUUGAAAUGCAGCAUGAUUUAACUUGAAUGCCUUCAUUGCCUCUUUCAUUAGAUUAUCAGUUCACACUGAGCUUUCAAUAAAUAGGAUUCAGUUUGCCUCAAAGCUGUUGCCAUAUGAACCUGGAAGGGCACAUUUAACAUCAGCCCUCAUGCUGAUGUAAUCUCAGGAGUAUUUGUCAGAUGAUGCCCAAGAACGACAUGGAAUAAUUCAGCCAGAGUUCAGUUCUUUAUUUGCUUUCACAUAGCAGACAGAUUCUUGCCAAAGUAAACCCUUAGUAGUCUCAGCCUUAUGGAUGCACCCUGAGAGAUUCUAAGGAGUGGCUAUCCUUACUUUCUUCCUCUGUCUUCUCUCCAGCACUGAGAUGUGCUGCCUCUGGUCUUCCUUCUCUUUCUGGAAUAUGCUCCCUCCUUCAUGGGAGACUGCCACGUCAUUGUCGUCCAUCACACCAACUCCCCCUCCGUGGGAACCAUCUCCCACAAUACCAUUCCUAUGACUUAUAACAUCGAAAGCAUAUAUGCAAUGGAUGCAUAUAUGCAAUGAUCAGAAAUGAAACCAUACAGAAUUCCAGCAAAUGAAUAUUUUUAUAGAUCAUUAAACUUCAGAAAUUCUAUUCUCUGCAGCCUCUGCUGAAAACAUUAGGAAUUGCUACAGGCAGUGUUACACUAUUUUAAAAUGUACUGGUUUCAAAAAUGACAAGGCUGGUGUCUGAAUUUUGUUUCUGUCAGACUUGGCUGGUGUUGGUAAUUCAUGAAACCUUAGAAUGCCCUAAGUGCAUAAUGAAUUAUGAGUCAGAAAUUAUAGCUUUAGAGCGAUUAGCUGGAAGAAUCCAGAUUUUUAUGAGGAAGGAGGAGGAAAAAAAGGCAUGUGUAGAAAAGGUGGCAUUAACUGCAGAAUGACAGUAUAGAAAACCAAAGUUCAGGAGAGAUGAAGAAUGUGAAAAAAUGAUCAAACUAAAAGCCACACUAAGAAAAUCAAAUGAAAAGAAUAACAAGAACAUAAAACUGGAGAAGACAUAGAACCACACUUACUCCAAAACAAUGAAAUCUGGAACAAUUCAGAAAACAAAUGUCUCUUUAUAUCCUCAAAAGAUUAUAAUUAGGUAGCAAAAAUUUUGCUAUGCAAGCAGUCCUUGCUUAACCAGUCACUGAGCAACCGUUUGAAGUUACAACAGACCCCCCCCCCCCGGGGGGGAAAUGUACUUACUUUCCCUACCGGUUCGGAAGUGUAGAUUUUGAACCCUCUGCCCAUGUGCAAAGCCACCUGUGCAUGCACAGAGGGUCAAAAACAGGUUACUUCCAGGAAGUAACGAUGUCCAGGCAGGUGGGCGGAGCUUCGCGCUGCCACCGCUAUUGGUUCACCGAACCAUGUGCCGCUGCCGCUACCGGUUCACUCGAACCGGUGCGAACCAGUAGCAUUUCACCCCUGCCCCCCCAAAAAAGAUACUUAUGACCCAAUUUCACUCCUAUAUAGUCAUGUGAUCUCAUUUUGGACACUUGGCAACCGGCUUGCAUUUACAGCCAUUUGCAAUGUCCAAAGGUCAUGUGAUUGUAAUUUUUGCUAUUUUCGAGUAUUUGUUUCUGGCCAAAAAUAUCUAUUGGAUGAACAAGUUCAUUUAAUGACCAUCAAUUCACUUAAUGAUCACCAUGUUUGCUUAAUUAUUGCUGAAAAAAAUCAGGCAUGGUCACAUGGUGACCCACUUAACCGCAAUGGUUUAUGAUUUUACGACCUUUUUUGUGGCAGCCGUUAAGCAGACAUGACGGUAAUUCUGGGCUCAAUUAUAGUCAUACAUUGAGGACUACAUACUUAGUUGGAUUUAAAUCUGGGGGAGCAAAUGAAAUAGUGGUAAGGUAUAGCAGCUAGUCUUUCUGAAGAGCAUUGGUCUCAGCAAAUAAAAAGCAAAUAAAAAAUUGUGGCUUGCAAUGCAUUCAAUAUAGUCACUACGUUGAAAAAAAUGGAUUGUUUAGAAGUUGCAUUAGAAAUUUAAAUCCAAAUUUAAAUAUCCUGCAGUUCUUUGGUUAAGACUUUUAUUAACAACGUACUUUAUGUGCAUCCAGUUCAUGGUAAAGGUGAUGUUAGCCUGUCACUGUAAAAAUUAUUUCUCUACUGUAUGUGGUAAAAAGAAUAAUAGUGUCUUUUUAAAGCAAAAUAAUCACUGAAAUUAGAACAAUGAAAUUAUGAGCAAAGCUGCUUUAACAGUCUUGGUACAGUAUUUUAUUUCCUCUCUUCUUUUUCAUAAACAUCGUACAUGUUGUCUAGUAGGAUAAAUGGAGAUCUUAUGAGGGCUUCAUGCAAUAACAACAUUCCUAGGGAGCUCACAUUCAAAUAUCAGAAUAUAUAGAAUUUCUGCUGAAUUUAUAGUACUGUAAUACACUAAUGACCAGAUGUUUUAUUAUAUAUGUAUAUAUUAAUGCAUUUUUAUGAAUAUAUACGGUACGUGUACGUGUGUUUUGAUGCCCCCCGGAGUCACCCUGUGUUAGUUGGGCAGCCAUAUAAAUCUGCUUAAUAAAUAAAUGCAAUAAAUAUAAUAAUUGAA